GUAUUGUAUACACUCACGUCUCCGAUUAACGUUUGCGGGAUAAUGAAAGAAGGUGCAUGAAUAUUUGUCAAAUAUGUCUGAGCCAACAACGGAAAAGGAAACACAAGAAGUAUCAAGUAGAGAUGGAACUUCCAACAGUGAACCCGACCAGAACACGACGUCCUUCAUGCGCAACACAAUGGUGAGUAGCACAAUGGUCAGUGGAGAAGCAUCUGAAACUGAUGAUGAAGAUGAUGAUGAUGCUGAUCACAAGAAAAGAAAUGAGAAAGGCGAUGACGACUCAGAGACAGACAGUAAACAUUUGAAAGAAGAUCAAGAUGUUGAUAGUGAACUGCAGGAAUUUGAACUGGACACAAGUGCUGGUGUUAAAACCAAAAGGCAGAAGAUUGUUUACAAGUUUGACUCCCCCUUCCACCGUAAACUGAGAGAAAGAAAUCUGGAGCUGCGAAGUCACCUUGUAGAGGGCUUCACUAAGUGUUACAAGUCGGCAGUUGAUAAACUGCAAAGCUCGACAUUCCAUCUCAGCAGAGCACAAACAGCAGCACAGGAUGUCUCACACAAUACGAGAUUGAUGCUGGAAGACCUCACCACUCUGUCAACAUUAUUAGACAGCAUUCUAGGAUCAGAAAAACUUAUACCUCUUAAUGUUAAUGUUAAAUAUACAGACGAAUCAACCUCCUAGGAUAAUGUUGCACUUGUCAAAGUCUCUACUUGGCUAAUUAAAUUCUUUCCAGUCAGAUGUACAAUCGUUUUCAAUAGAAAGUCUUAGCUUCUCUCUUCUGAAGGACCCUCCACAGUGUCCUACCCAGAGGUUUGGAUGUUCAUUACAGAAAUCCACUGAGCCAAGUUAGUGCAGGUGCAAAGUUGAAUGGAUCGAUCCUGUACCCCCAUCAUUACCCUUAAAGUAACACUGCACCUGUACUUGCAUCACUCAGUGGAUUCUCCUAACACCAAAACACCUCUGAGCCUGUGCAGAGGAGAGAGAGUUCUUGCUGCUAGUCUCCAUUACAGCUGUUAUUUGGCACAUCACUUGUGACUCUCCAAAUGAAGGCUGCAAAUGGUACUAAACAGGAUCAGUUGUAAGAGUAACUGUGUCUUACCGUUACACAUAUUUGGGAACUAGUAACUACAGUAGACUUAAUCAUUUGUCUGUCAGUGUGCAAUACAAGGCCUGCAAAAUGCAUAAAACAAGCCUGCCAAAAAAGCAGAUUUGUAGUUUCAAGGUUAGGGAUUUUAGAAAGUAGUAUUGCUUGGUUAAGAAAGGAAAUGAAAGUUAACGAAAUAGAUUUUGUGCUGUGUUGCAA